AUACUCUGACCCCGUAAGCUUCUUCUUCCCGAAACGAAAGCUAAAGCUGUGUUCUGUUUUCAGUUCUCAAACAUGAAGAAAAUAGUUAUCCAAGUGCACAUGGAGAAUGACAAAUGCAGAAGCAAGGCAAUGAAAAUUGCUGCAGCCUCUCAAGGUGUGCAUUCAGUGGCAUUAGAGGGUGAAGACAGAGAUCAAGUGGUGGUGACUGGAGAUGCAAUUGAUUCUGUUUGCUUGACUAAUAAAUUCAGAAAGAAGUUCAACUAUGCAACUCUUAUGAGUGUGACAGAAGCAAAAGCUUCCAAUGAUGGUGAUGCUGGAGGGGAACACAAAGAUGAAACAACUGCAGAAAAUUUUCCAAUAACUUAUUGUUAUUCAAAUUUUCCUCCACCUACUCAUUUAUAUGUAAUGGAUUAUGAUCCAUACCCCAAUGGUUGCUCCAUUCUCUAAUUUCCAUCAAAUGGUGCAACCAAAAUAUCCAUGAGUUGAAACAAGUUCUU